ACUGUCAAAACAAAACAAAGCGCUGCUGAUCGGCUGCGGAAGGCCGUUUUUUUCUUUCCCUUGAAUUAAAACAGUUAUUUUUUUAAAGUACGCCAGUGGAAAAGAUUGAAAACUGUAAAGGGAACAAUACAAUUGCAAAAUAUUGCAGAGAAAAAGGCAACGGCGGAAGAAAAUCCCCGGUGAGUCAUCGUGCUCCGUUGGUCGCGGUGUGACUCAGCGCUCCCCGCGGAACAGCCACAGGAAUGGCCUGCACUAUCUGCACCAAAUCGUUUGGAUUUUUCAACAAAGAGCACGGCUGUCCGGUGUGCAAGUUUUCGUUCUGCUCGGGCUGCCUCAAGUACAAGCUGGUGCGCGAUGGCAAGAAGCUGAAUGUUUGUUUGCGCUGUUCAGCGCUUGCGACUGUGAGUGUGAAGGAGGCUCCGAAAAGGGAGGCAACAGUUGCCCAUCCAACGCCCAACGAUGACGCAGUACCGACGCAGAGCUCGAACGUGCCGCCAACUGAACCGGAUGGUGAUGAGCUAAUACGUAGCAAGCUGCAGGCACUGAAGGCAAUCGAUUUGGGCGAGGAAGACGCACCGAAGGAAGGAGAACCGAGCGAUAAUACAGAUAUAGAAAAGCGUUUGGCAGCGUUAAAGGGAGUUGAGUAUAAGGAUUACAAGGAUGCGUCGCAUCGGUUCAUGGCGCCGGACAAUCGGACGGAGGCACAGAAGGUGCAGGACCUGCUGGGCCAGUUCGUGGAGGAAACCAAGCUAAUCAGCGUGAUGGACGACAAGCGUACCGAGCAGGAUGAGGAGAUAGCGAAGCGAUUGCAAGCAUUGAAGCAAUUUCCAACAGCAGGUGAUGGAACACCAGCGACUGCGAGUGGCAGUUCUAAAGGAACGAUACUCCCGGACAGUGACUCGGACGAAGGCCUGACGGAUGAGGAGUUGGCACGAAAGUUAGCCCAACGGUAUGCCGAGGAGGGUAAGCUGGAGGCGAAACUGAACCUGGAAAGUGAGCUGGAGGAGAUUACACCAACGCCGUCUUCGAACGUUGAGGAAGAGCUGCCUUGGUGUACGAUCUGCAACGAGGAUGCUGUUCUACGGUGUCGAGGAUGUGAUAACGAUCUGUACUGCAGGGCGUGCUACAAAGAGUUCCACUACGACGAAGAUCCGCAGGACCAUCCGACGGUACCGUUCAAGGGCGGAAAAGGACCAACACGUGUUUAACACGUUUUUGUACGAAUUUGCAGAACCAAACGACAGCAGGCUGAAUGGGUCUUCUACGGGUAAGUUUAUUCCGAUACAUUAUUGUACGAAGACUCUUGUUACAUGUUACGAAAAAAUAGAAAAAAGUAUGCUUUUUGUGGAAAAAUAACUGAAAUACGUUUAAAGAAGAAAGAGUGUACGAGGACUGAAGCUCCGUACUCUUCCCUGAGAGAGGGCGCCUCCCUAAGCUAUGGCGUUAAACUCAACGCUUCCCUAUUACUUAUCCUGCGAGUGCCCUACAAAUGCCUCACACACUACAUACACAAACAAACUUAUUUUACCUUAAUGUCGAUUACUUAUGUCCGCUCCCUUCCCCUGCUCAUGCUUCAACGGCCGAUUGCCGGUUUUUGUUUUUCUUUUUUUUCUUCUUCUCACCGUUCGUAACGUUCACCGAAUCGUCAAGGACGGCGGAGGUA